AUGAAGCGGCGUUCGAAGAGCUGCGCGGUCGAGAAGAGCGAGUCCCGCGCCGCGUCCCCGGCCCGAGGUCGAGCGGCCCGGUCCGACCCGGCGAAGAGCGAGCGCCGCGCAUCGCCCGUGACGCCCCGGGGCCCAGCCGCGGUCCCGGCCAAGCAGCAGCGGGGCGAGGGAGGCGCCGACAGCGAGGCGUCUCCGUCUUCCGCCGAGUCCACCAGUCACACCACAACGAGCAUCGAGAGCGAACCGGUCACUGAAUCCACCACAGGCAGCACAUCCCUCGGUUCCAGCGCGUACGAAAGCUCGGCGACGUCGCUAGGAGCCACCCGGCGCACGGGUCGCGGGGCGAAAGCGCCGAGAGGAGGCCCGUCCCGCCGCCGGGGAUUCAAGUCGUGGUGGCGGGCGCACCACGACAAUGUGCUGGUGGCGGCGCUCGGCCUGUUCAUCGUGGCCUGCGUCGUGGCCACCGCGUUGGACCGCUGGUUUUCCGUUCAAGCCAGCGUGACGACCACACCCGUGGCUUCCUCGGAGCGAAAGGCAGUCGGACUUUUGGACGCACCGGCCAGCCCAGUUGGCGCUGCUGCCAAGGAGGCGAGAACGACGACAGUGACCGCUGCCGUCGCCUCAACGGGACCGUCGACCAAGGGACGGGAUCGCCACCGUGCGCUCGCCUCGACUCCGGCGUCGUUCUUCGAGGCAGAAGCAAGCAGCGAACCAGGAGACAUUACCAGCGAGCCUUACACCGAGGCGACCGACUCGACGACUGUGCGGACGCGCUCGACGAGGGGAGCCGCCGUGCAGAGACGGCGACGCCCGCAGCGGCGAACCCGGGCCUCGACCGCAAGACGGCGAGCCCUCGAGUCCUGGCGCCGUAGCCGGGGCGCGGUCGUCCAGGGCGGCGGCGAGCUGCUGCGCCGAAAACUGCACUCGGCGCACCGGCUGCCCGUUGGCGCGCCCCGUGGCCCGGUCAGCACUGCGACGCGCCCGCCACAGCAGAACAGUGGCCGUUGUGGCGCGGUCCGCUACACUUUCUGCCCUCGGCUGCGGCGCGAGGCGUUCUACGAUCGGGAGAUGGGAGACUGCGUCGCGGUCACCACCGCCGCCGAGCAGGAUGCGGAACAGGAAGUGGCUGCACGGGCGGCAGCUCGGCGCGGAGGCCGCCGCGUCAGGGACGAGACGCCGCUGUGCAACAGCAGCCCCAACCGCUUCUCGUCGAUGGACAGCUGCCGCCAGAGCUGCCUGCGAAGCGAGCUGCCCGCCGAGCGGUGCUUCGACAAGACCAUCUUCUCCGAGUGCCGCAGUGAACACGUGCGGUCCACGCGGUGGUUCUUCGACGGCCGCCGUUGCCGAAUGUGGCACUUCCCGGCCGGACGAUGUCCCGACGCCAGCGCCUUCCGCACCCGGAGCCAGUGCGCCCGCAUGUGCCCAUCCUCUCCCGCGGCGCCCAAGAAGAAACACCAGCCGGACCGCCGCUGCGGCGCUCCCCGGUCGCAGGUGUGCAGCGAGCGCCACCUGCGCUUUCCCUUUUUCGCCGACGUGUCCUCGGGCGAUGGCCGCGUGCGGUGCCUGAAGGCGUCGCAGGCGACGCUCGUCGGUCGCCGCUGCCUGGUCGCGCCGAACCGCUUCUCGGGGGUGGCCCAGUGCCGCGCGGCCUGCGUGCGGGCCGCUGCUGCGGCUCGGCCGAGCCGCCCGAGGAGUGGCCGCGAGGAGGAGGACGAGGCAACGCUAGGGAAGCCGCGGAGAAGUCGACGCGCGCGCGCGCGAUUUUUUAACGCUUCGAAAAUAUCGAUACAUUAAAAGGCUGUACGCC